GUGGCCAUCACACGUUGAUUUUUCUCUACCAACCAUAAAGAUAUCGGCACUCUUUACCUAAUCUUCGGCGCUUGAGCCGGGAUAGUGGGAACUGCUCUUAGCCUGCUUAUCCGGGCAGAACUUAGCCAGCCUGGCGCACUCUUGGGAGACGACCAGAUCUAUAAUGUAAUUGUUACCGCCCACGCCUUUGUAAUAAUUUUCUUCAUAGUCAUACCCAUCAUGAUCGGAGGGUUCGGGAACUGAUUAAUCCCCCUAAUAAUUGGCGCCCCUGAUAUAGCCUUUCCUCGAAUAAAUAACAUGAGCUUUUGACUAUUACCUCCCUCUUUCCUCCUCCUACUCGCCUCUUCCGGGGUAGAAGCCGGAGCGGGGACAGGAUGAACCGUUUAUCCCCCCUUGUCUGGAAACUUAGCCCAUGCUGGUGCGUCUGUCGACUUAACUAUCUUCUCCCUUCACUUAGCAGGUAUCUCCUCUAUUUUAGGGGCAAUUAACUUUAUUACAACCAUUAUUAACAUGAAACCCCCUGCCAUUUCCCAGUAUCAAACACCCCUAUUUGUAUGAUCCGUCCUAAUUACAGCUGUUCUUUUACUACUCUCCCUUCCUGUCCUCGCUGCUGGCAUUACCAUGCUCUUGACGGAUCGUAAUCUAAACACCACCUUCUUUGACCCCGCAGGUGGAGGAGACCCCAUUCUCUACCAACACCUUUUCUGGUUCUUUGGGCACCCUGAAGUUUAUAUUCUUAUUCUUCCCGGAUUUGGCAUGAUUUCUCACAUUGUAGCCUACUACGCCGGCAAAAAAGAACCCUUCGGUUACAUGGGGAUGGUUUGAGCUAUAAUAGCCAUCGGCCUUCUCGGAUUCAUUGUCUGGGCCCACCACAUGUUUACAGUUGGUAUAGACGUAGACACACGGGCCUAUUUUACAUCUGCCACAAUAAUCAUCGCCAUCCCUACUGGCGUCAAAGUCUUUAGCUGACUGGCAACCCUUCAUGGUGGGACAAUUAAAUGAGAAACUCCUCUUCUCUGGGCCCUUGGGUUUAUUUUCCUAUUCACUGUAGGCGGUCUAACAGGGAUUAUCCUAGCCAAUUCAUCACUAGACAUUGUCCUUCAUGACACAUAUUAUGUCGUAGCACAUUUCCACUAUGUCCUCUCCAUAGGAGCUGUCUUUGCAAUUGUCGCCGGCUUCGUACACUGAUUCCCUCUAUUCUCGGGGUACACCCUACACACCGCCUGAACAAAAGUUCACUUUUUCGUCAUGUUUGCAGGGGUAAACCUAACCUUCUUCCCUCAACAUUUCCUUGGCCUGGCCGGAAUGCCCCGUCGAUACUCAGAUUACCCGGAUGCUUAUACCCUCUGAAACACAAUUUCCUCAAUCGGAUCCCUAGUCUCCUUGUCCGCCGUUAUUAUGUUCCUGUUCAUCAUCUGAGAAGCCUUCUCUGCUAAACGAGAGGUCUUAGGGGUAGAACUGACUACGACCAAUGUUGAGUGACUCCAUGGCUGCCCUCCUCCCUACCACACAUUUGAACAGCCCGCAUUUGUACAAAUUCAUCAUCGCUAA